AUGGCAUCCUCUUCAACGUUCGUGUGUCUAUGUGUUUACGUGCUGUUGAUCCUGCACUGUGUCAUUGCUGGAGCUCCCAACGAAGUCAUUGGUGCCCUGCCUCAAGACGACGAGUGCCACUCCGAUGCCUGUGGCUUGAAUGCUCUGCAGCUCCGUUCCAAGCCGCUGCCCCCGCCAACAAACGAAACCGUCAACGUCAACGGCACGGCUGUCUCCGUGAACGGCACCAAGAAGAAGUCCCGCUGCUACGACCUCGGAAUUGAUCCAACAUGCUGCCAGGACUUUUCUAUCUCAUCGUGGAAUUAUAAUACAGCCAACUCCAAAUAUCGUGCGUGCCUCAAUGCAAGGCUGGGGUGCAAUCCCACCCCCGUUGCCGUAUAUAAUGGCAGGUACAACGGCUACCAACGCAAAUAUUACGCCUUUCAAUGCAAUGGCGGUUGCUCCGGCUGUGAAGACACAGGUGGUCAUACCCCCUUCCCUGGUGGCCACCGACGUCGAGAAGGUGGUCGUCGCCGUGGAACCAUUCCAGGAAUCAUUGGAGACAUUGGUGGGGGAAUCGGCGAUUGGCGCUGA